UGGCGCUGGCUGCCGGAGCAGCUGUUUCCAGGCUGGAGUGGAGUAGCGGGCUGGAAGUUCAGUCUCGUUGCGACCGUCGGCGAGGUCGUGUCGUAGCCUCCCGUUUUCGCGGUCGUGUUCUUUCCUAUCCCGCCACGUGCACUCUUUGCUUUUACCUUUUCGAUUCGACGUCGCGAGUGAAUCGACGAUUCGUCGAGGAAGCCGGCUUCCAUCAGCCGGAGAACAGGCGACGGUCAGCGACGUUUUUCACCGUUUUCCAGUGGCUGGAAAAAAGACGCACUUCGGGAAGAAGCACGUCGGGACUUCAACUUCGUCGUGACCACAGCAGCCAUGAUAUGACACUCGAUUGAGAGGAAGAGUGUGCAACCGACGAGCCAGCCAGCAUGAGGAAGUUACUGCAGUUUUUGGUGCUGGUAUUGCUGGGUGUCAACGCCAGACGAACGGACACGGACGCCCCUUCGGACGAGGCUCACGCUGGUCAACGUCGCGGUUCCCUUCACAAGUCUAAUUACAACAACGGGAACAACAAUUACAAUUCUCAGUCGAGCUCGCCCUAUUUGCCGUAUCAGCAGCCGAGAGAGAGGAAGCCGAACAUAGUCCUGAUCCUGACGGACGAUCAGGAUGUGGAACUCGGUUCGCUGAACUUCAUGCCACGGACCCUAAGGCGAAUAAGGGACGAGGGAGCCGAGCUGAGACACGCAUACGUAACCACUCCCAUGUGUUGUCCGAGCAGGAGCUCCUUACUGACCGGCCGUUACGUUCACAAUCACGAGGUCUUCACGAACAACGACAACUGCAGCAGCCCCCAGUGGCAACGAGAUCACGAGCCUCAUUCGUUCGCCGCUUACCUGAGCAACGCUGGAUAUCGUACCGGUUACUUCGGCAAGUAUUUGAACAAGUACAACGGCUCGUACAUACCGCCCGGAUGGCGGGAAUGGGGAGGUCUCAUAAUGAAUUCACGGUACUACAACUACAGCGUGAACAUGAACGGGAAGAAGAUAAAGCACGGCUUCGAGUACAGCAAGGACUAUUACCCGGACCUGAUAGCGAACGACAGCGUGGCUUUCCUUCGUCAGAGCAAACACAAUUUCGCCAGGAAACCGGUGAUGCUCGUCGCGAGUUUCCCGGCGCCCCACGGACCGGAAGACUCGGCCCCGCAGUUCUCGCAUCUCUUCUUCAACGUCACCACUCAUCACACCCCAGCCUACGACUACGCGCCGAAUCCAGAUAAACAAUGGAUCCUGCAGGUGACCCAAAAAAUGCAACCGAUCCACAAACAGUUCACGGAUCUUCUGAUGACCAAAAGACUUCAGACGCUGCAGAGCGUCGACGAUGCAGUGGACAGGAUCUACCAAGAACUGAAAGACCUGGGAGAGCUGGACAACACGUAUAUAAUAUACACGUCCGACCACGGUUACCAUUUGGGACAAUUCGGUCUGAUCAAAGGAAAGAGUUUCCCCUUCGAAUUCGACGUGAGGGUACCGUUCCUCAUCCGAGGGCCUGGCAUCGAACCUGGCACCAUAGUAGACGACAUAGUUUUGAACAUCGACUUGGCGCCGACCUUCCUGGAUAUCGCCGGCGUCGAGACGCCACCGCAGAUGGACGGUCGUUCUUUCAAGAAACUUUUUCAAAAUAAACACGGCAGAAGAUCGAAGUUCAAGUGGCCGGACACCUUCCUGAUCGAAUCAUCGGGACGUCGCGAGACGCCGGAAUCGAUCGCGGAAUCGAAAGCGAGAGAAGCGAGGAAACAGAAUCAAACGGUCGCGAGGCAACAUUCGAACGGGACACCGGAAGAGGAAGAGGAAAACGUGACCGAUACGGAGAGCGAACACGAGACGGUGCAUUGGAUGUUCGAGAACGACACCGGCAGCGAUCAAGACAUCUCCGAGGACGAGGAUUUCGAGGAUUCGAUCAUCGACGAAUCGAACGUUGAUCCGCAUCUGGACAACAGAGUGCAUCCGGUGCAUUCGACCUAUUCCGCGAAGCAUGAGCGAUUGGCGAUCGAGUGUUCGCGGCCAGAGGCCCAAGCGAACUGUGUGCCGGGUCAGAAAUGGCGUUGCGAGAGGGACGGGCAUCGAUGGCGAAGACACAAGUGCAAGUACGCCGCGCCUCCGUUAAGAAUCUCGAAGAAAUGCGCCUGCUUCACGCCGAACGGAGUCGUGUACACCAGGUUGGAAUCGAACGACUACGAGGGACAUCGAUACGGCUUCGGCAGGGACAGGAGGCCCGCAGAUGUGUACACAGAUAUGGCUAGAUACUUCGCUAGACGUGGCAAGCGAGACGCCCCGGAAGAUGUUGGUCGCGAUACCGGCCACCAGGAUGAUGACUAUAAUGACGGUGACCGUGACCGGCGAGCCAUCGACGAGGAAGACGAUCAGCAGUUCUUCCAGGAACUGAACAAACUUACGGACGACGUGAGGAGAGAGUACACGAGUCUAUAUUCCAGGAAUAGGUUUAAUAAUCGAACAUCACGCGACGACACGCUCGAGUUCGAUAAUUUGAACGAGUCCGAAUAUUCGAUCGACGACUUUGAUCCCAGCUUGGAUAAGGUGGUGAAAGGUCGGCUGAACGUGGAGGACGUGGUGAAGAGACACAGGAGGAUACGAAGGAGUGCUAUAAAGAAAGAUACCGUUGAUCAUGUUACGAAAAUUAUGGAGAGCAUAGAGGAAGAACUGGAUGACCUGAAGGCUACCCAAAUUCGCCACUCGGAGACGAGGAAGACACUGCCAGCGAAAUGUUCGGUGCUACCUCAGGGUGGAGUGAACUGUUCGGAGACCGUUUAUCAGGACCCGAACGAAUGGCGCAUCUCGAGACGAGAAAUCGAGCAACAGAUAAGAGAAAUGAGGAUGCAACUGGAAACAUUGAAAGACAUACGUCGUCAUCUGAUGACCAAGCGGCCGCACGUCGGCCGGGACACGGAGGAAGGUUCGAGGAGUACUCAAGAGCCUCAUAAAUCGCAUCAUCACGCUUCGAAGAAUCACGCGAACCGUCAUCACAAGAAACACGAUCACGCCAGCACUGUUAAUCCGACCGUUACAACUGUCCGUUCCACGUGGAAGCAGGACCAAGUCACGGAAGACAAAACUACGUCCACGGGUACUACGGAGAAGCUCAGGUUCACUGUUACGAUUGCAGAAAACACCGACGACCCGGAUACGAUCACCACGACCGAAACAACGACCACGACCUUAUCGACCACGGCCAAACCGAAGAAGGCGUCUCGACGUCAGAAGAUAAAAGAUACCGCCAACAAUCGAACGGAAGUCGAGGACGAUAGGCCUCAGAGACGCAGGAAGGUUCAUCACCAUCGCAAAAAUAAUACACUGUUCACGAACAGCGUGCACGACGAGGUGCAGGCUGGCGUGAACAUCAGCGAGAUCGUUGAGACGACUGCGACUACUCAAAGCGCAGCAACAAGUCAGAAACAACAGUACCAGUCAACCGGGUACACCACCCUUCCCACCACCCUGACGAAGGAGACUCUUCAAAGAGAGACUUCGAGUACCGUCGGAACCACGGACGAGUCCACGAAAGAAACCAUGAUGGAAACGGACCCGCAAACGGCGCCAUCGACGACGGAGACGUCCAGUCUAGGCGAAUGGACGAAGUCGCAGAAGACCACUCCUGCGGUCUCUAGAACCACCGGAACCCGUUCCAGAAAUACGUUCACCCCUACGAUUGUUGCCACGACACCGACCACCACACCAGUUACUCCUUCGAGGAAGUUUCCAAAGGUGCAGAAGAAUCGAACGAGCCCAAAUCUUGGACCCUCCAGAAUAGACGUGACCAUCUUGGAGUCCCCGGACAGGAAGAGCAGACAAGAUAUAAUUGAUAUAGCAAAUAAUAAUCGUCGGCUACCACCGAUGCUGAACAGCCCCCUAGAGGCUCGGCACAAAUGCUACUGCGAGCCUGAUUCCUACUCGAAGAAGGACGAGAAGGAGAUCGCUCGUGAAGAGAGAAGAAGACUGAAAGAGGAACGGUUGAAGAAGAAGGAGAGAAAGUUGAGGAAGAAAGCCAAGCUCGAGAAAGAGUGUCUGACAGAAAAGAUGAACUGUUUCGAGCACGACAACGACCAUUGGCGGACUGCCCCAUUGUGGAGCGCUGGUCCAUUCUGUUUUUGUAUGAACGCCAACAAUAACACGUACUCCUGCAUAAGGACCAUUAACGCGACGCACAAUUUCCUUUACUGCGAGUUCACUACCGGUUUGAUCACGUAUUAUAACCUGAGGAUCGAUCCGUUCGAACAAUGGAACAGAUUAUCGUCGUUAACAGCCCCGGAACGAUCUUACCUUCACGAUCAAUUGGAACAUUUGAAAGGGUGCAAGGGUACGAGGGACUGUACAGUAGGAAGCGCGAGAGAAGCUCUGCCGCAACCGCAACAACAUCAGAGAUACAUUUCGAAGAGAAAAUACGCUAACACCUUCGAAGACAUCUUUGUACCGUCAACGUUACAAAUUAUUCGUGAAAGCGAACUCGGUAGUCCCCCUAAUAAGAGACGAAAAAAGUUGCAAAACGUUUGGAACAGAAGAAGCAGAAGCUGGCAAAGUAAUUGGAGACAGCAUCAACAACAAGACUCGGUGAAUUAUCGGCGGCACAGACACCAGUACUGAUAAUGGUUCGUUUUUCAUUGAACAAAUCGUCGAAGGAUGCGUGAAAGCAUUGCCUUGGAUGUGUAUUAAUUUCGCGAUGCAUUUAAUAAUGUAAUUUAUUUAGUGAUAUUUAAUUGGGAACGGAAACGUGAUAAUUUCAUUGAUGACGUUCUGAUUUCGUUAGACUGUCGCAGCUCGAGGGAUUUACCGUGUAUAUUUUCCAAUGCUAUUGAACGAGAAAACAAUCGGAACAGCGAUCUAAACGAGGAUCCAUUUUUUUACUUAAUAGCAGAUAUUUUUUAUAAUAAUUUAUUCAUCCCACGUCUCUUUAGGUCUUUAUACAAGAAACGCGAUUAACUCGUCAACUACGAUAACUUGCCUAACGAGAUUUAGAGCAAUUUUAAAAAUUUUGAUUAUAUUGAAAAAUUAAUCACACGAUAAUUCAUCGCGAAGUGAUUAAUCGAUACCAGUAGCUUUCUAGACAAUAGAAUGUCUAAGGGAAGAUGAGAAGAAACUAAGAGUUCAUCUCAUGUCGCAUUAGAACAGUUGAAAUUUUUAUUCUUGAAUCUAUGGACUGAAACGCACAACGAAAGAACGAACACAAUAGUAAAACGGUCCUGCCAAAAGCCUUUCGCCAUUUCUCGUGGGUAUUUCUUAUACACUCACACGUUCGUAUAACGUUUAUUCUACUGAAACUGCCAUCCGUUUGAUUUUUCCUAUUGUCUUCGAGCAGUAACAAUGCAGAAUAAAUUGCCUCUGCCACGAAAUACUUUACAAUCAUUGUAGCCAAUCUUUAUUGGCCUGUAUGAACUCGACUGUACAGACAGGAUGAAAGUAAUUCUAGCGGUUAUCUGAAAGCAUGCGAUGCUAAGACUGCAUAAGUUUCAAUGAAACUGACAAAAUCAUUGGCAUCAUUUAUCCUGCGCAAAUCUCCUGUCUUACUAGAAGCAGUAUGAAAACUUUUGUGAUCGCUAUAACUAACAGUCCCUGCUACAAAAAAUGAAAUGCUGAUGGAUGCAUAGGCUGUUAUAAAUAAAAUAUGAAAAUGAAUUUAUUGAAAAUUAUGGAUAUGCUUUGUUGAGUAUAAAGACAACUUUAUAUAAUAUUCAGUCUUUCCUACAAUGAAUUAUAUAUAGUUUAAGUACUGAAUUUAAUAUGCUUCUAUGCAAGCUAUGUAGCUAAGUAACUUGUCUCCAUUAGCAUUUUAUUUUUUUACGAUUAUAUGUCUGUGUUAUGUACUAGGUUCUCAGAUAGUGCCCUGAGAACAUCUUCAAGAUUUUGAAACUGAAGCCAUGUAUUUAAAUCAUGUGAAAUAAAUAAAUAAAUAAAUAAAUACUGUCCAAGUGAUA